AUGAAUGCCCUGAAUUCCUCCGCCGUCAAGCCCACCCUCCUCCGCCACCCGCAGGCCGUCCCACUCCUCAAUCCCCACCGUCCGUUUUUCUCCAAGCCCUCGUCUCCCCUUUCCCUGAGAUUCCCGCUGCCGGCCCGCCCCCAAUUCUCCAUCUCCUCUCCCGUCAGAGCCUCCCUGCAAAACCCUUACCCCGACGCUCCCGACAGUCGGUCCCCAAACCCCUUCAAUCGUCGAUUCACGGAUGGAAUCGCCCCCCUCAGAUCCACUCUCGCAACCGCCGUCGCCGCCGCGGCACUCGUAUUUGCCGGCCUCUGUCUCCGCACAAAGCCUUCCGUCGCCGAGUCGGUCUUGCCGGCCGCCGGGACCUCCGAGAGGGAUUUCCUUUUUAAGGACGAGGAAAGGGAGAAGCUAAUCGAGGAGAGCCUCCUCUCCAACCCCAACGACGCCGACCAGCUCAAGAACCUGGUGGAGAUCAAGAUCAAGGGCAGGAAGAUUCGGGAAGCCAUCGAGACUAUCGAUAGGCUAAUAGAGCUCGAGCCUGACGAUACCGAGUGGCCCUUGCUGAAGGCCCACCUGCACGCCCAAGAUGGAGAGCUCCAGCUGGCGAAAAACGGGUUCAAUGAGCUCCUCAAUAAAGACCCUUAUCUCGUGGAGGCCUUUCUUGGGCUCGUGACAGUGGCUUCCCAGGAGGAGUCAUCGGGCCACGAGCUGAAAGAUAUCGAGAGGAGGGUCGAGGAGGCCAUGAAAUCGGGCAUGAAGGAAAAGAAAGACAGUAACUUGAGGGAUUUUAAGCUUUUGCUUGCGCAAAUUAAGGUGAUCGAGAGCAAGUAUGAGGAGGCACUGAAGGUUUAUCAGGACUUGGUGAAGGAGGAGCCGAGGGAUUUCAGGCCGUAUUUGUGCCAGGGCAUAAUUUACACAUUGAUGAGGAAAAACGUCGAGGCUGAGAAGAAUUUCGAGAAGUAUAGGAGAUUGGUCCCCAAGGGACACCCUUAUGCAAGCUAUUUUGAUGAUAAUAUGAAUGCGACUAAGAUUAUCGCACAGGCGGCUGAGAAUGAGAGAGCAUGA